AAACCUGAGCUACAACAAGUUGUCCGAGAUUGAUCCUUCUGCCUUUGCAGAGCUGUCGAACCUGCAGGAAGUGCGACUGAACCACAAUGAGCUGACGGCCAUUCCCUCCCUGGGAGCUGCUGCUUCCAGCGUCCGCUUUCUCCACCUGCAUCACAACAGGAUCCGGGGCAUUGAAGCAAGUCAACUGAAGCCCUACGUUGCCCUGGAAACGUUGGACCUGAGUUUCAAUGACAUCACGGAAAUCCGAAACGGCUGCUUUCCGCAGGGACUUCACAUAAAGGAGCUCUACCUGGGGAGCAACAGAAUCAGCACUCUGGAGCCUGGUGCUUUUGAUAGUCUGUCACGGUCCCUGCUAACACUUCGUCUGAGUAAAAACAGGAUCACUCAGCUUCCUGUCAAGGCAUUCAGACUACCCAGGCUAAUACAACUGGAGCUGAACCGGAAUCGCAUCCGCCUGAUUGAAGGCCUGACGUUUGAGGGACUGGACAGCUUGGAAGUCCUCAAACUCCAGCGCAACAACAUAAGCAGAUUGACUGACGGGGCUUUCUGGGGUCUGGCCAAGAUGCAAGUUCUCCACCUGGAGUAUAACAGCCUGACAGAAGUAAACAGUGGCUCGCUCUACGGCCUUUCGUCGCUGCACCAGCUUCACCUCAGUAACAACUCCAUAUCCCGCAUCAACCGCGAUGGCUGGAGCUUCUGUCAGAAGCUGCAUGAGCUAAUACUGUCUUACAACAACCUAACCAGGCUGGAUGAGGGAAGCUUGGCAGACCUGGGGGGACUGCAUGUACUACGGCUGAGCCACAAUUCCAUCAACCACAUUGCAGAAGGUGCUUUCAAGGGACUCAAGAACCUUCGUGUCCUGGAACUGGACCACAACGACAUCUCGGGUACAAUAGAAGAUACCAACGGAGCCUUUACAGGGCUGGAAAACCUCAGCAAGCUAACUCUGUUUGGAAACAAGAUCAAGUCGGUGGCCAAGAAAGCAUUCUCAGGGUUGGAGGCCCUGGAGCACCUGAACCUUGGGGAUAACGCCAUCCGCUCAAUUCAAGCCGAUGCUUUUGCUAAGAUGAAGAGCCUGCGGCAGCUCCACGUGAACAGCGACAGCUUCCUCUGCGAUUGCCAGCUGAAAUGGUUGCCCCAGUGGUUAGUCGAGAAGGAGCUGCAGUCCUUUGUGGUGGCCACCUGCGCCCAUCCUGAGUCACUAAAAAGCAAGAGCAUUUUUGCCAUCCUGCCAGAAAAUUUUGUGUGUGAUGAUUUCCCCAAGCCACAGAUCAUCAUCCAGCCCGAGACGACAGUGGCCGUCCUUGGGAAGGACAUCCGCUUCACUUGCUCGGCCGCCAGCAGUAGCAGCUCUUCCAUGAUAUUUGCAUGGAAAAAAGACAACGAGAUGCUGUAUGACGCUGAGAUUGAGAACUUUGCCCAUGUGCGGGCAAAGGAUGGCCAAGUGAUGGAGUACACCACCAUCCUGCACCUCCGGCACGUCACCUUCACCCACGAAGGGCGUUACCAGUGUAUCAUCACCAACCACUUCGGCUCCACCUACUCCAACAAGGCCCGACUCACCGUUAAUGUGUUGCCCUCGUUUAUCAAAACUCCCCAUGACAUCACCAGCCGGACGGGGACGACAGUGCGGCUGGAGUGUGCAGCCGAAGGACACCCCACCCCACAGAUCGCCUGGCAGAAAGACGGGGGCACGGACUUCCCCGCGGCCCGAGAGCGCCGCAUGCACGUCAUGCCCGACGACGACGUCUUCUUCAUCACGGAUGUGAAGAUAGAAGACAUGGGUGUCUACAGCUGCACGGCACAGAACUCAGCGGGGUCUGUGCUUGCAAAUGCCACCCUGACUGUGCUGGAGACACCAGCUUUGAUUCACCCACUGGAGGACCACGUGGCAUCCGUAGGUGAGACUGUGGCUCUCCAGUGCAAAGCUACGGGGAACCCACCUCCCCGCAUUACCUGGCUGAAAGGCGACCAGCCCCUGAUUGUCACAGAAAGGCAUCACUUUACCUCGGGCAACCAGCUGCUGAUCAUUAGGAACGUAGUCUUGGAGGAUGCUGGGAAGUACACCUGCGAAAUGUCCAACACCCUGGGGACGGAGCGCGCGCACAGCCACGUGAGCAUCCUGCAGUCUCUGGGCUGUAGGAAGGACCGAACCACCGUGGGCAUCAUCACCAUCGCUGUGGUGUGCAGCAUCGUGCUGACGUCGCUGGUCUGGGUCUGCAUCAUCUACCAAACCAGGAAGAAGAGUGAAGAAUACAGCGUCACCAACACAGAUGAGACUAUUGUGCCUCCCGACGUGCCGAGCUACUUGUCCUCCCAGGGGACUCUUUCUGACCGUCAGGACGCCAUCGUCCGAGUAGAUAACCCCCAGCCCAACGGGCACAUCGACAGCAACGCCGGUGUGUUUGUUACAGGUAUGUGUCAGGCUGAUGCUGGAAGGUGUGCAGAUGCUGAAGCUCCCACUGCAGGCUGCAGACAGCCCAAGCUGUGCCUCGGCUAUAAUAAAGACACUUGGAAAACCGAGGACGUGGCUGACGGAAUGCUGGUUCCAGAUAAGACAGGCUACGGCCUGCCCGUGGUGUGCGCGGACUGCAGCGGCAGCACGGACAGCAUGAACGUCCACAUCUACCCCACGGAGCCGGAGUACUACUCCGAGAGCCUCAAGACUGUGGAUAGUACCUACCCAAACACGCUGAGCAGCAAGGAACGAAGCAGGAAGCGGGGUGCAGGCACCAGCCUUCUGCAGCCUCAGCCAUGCAACGGGAUUGCCAGCGGCACGAGGGUGGAAGCAGACGGCACCCGCUACCCCAGCAACCAUGACAGAAUAGGAGCUGCGGGCACCACCAGCCCGCUGCUUGCGGACACACAGGGCUCUUCACAAGCAGUAGCAAAGCCCUCAGAGCUUAACAACCUUAAUUUGGUGAGAGCUUCGCCAGCGGGAGGGUCAUUAAAGCAACUGAAUGUGCUUCCUGAAAUUCCCCCAACACUACUGGAUUUGCAGAGCGAAGCGGAAGGGAAGCCGGCUCUUCUGUCCAACGGCCACGCACCCGAGCCCUGUGACUCCCUUCGUGAGGUGAAGCCACCGAGCAGAUCGCUGGACUGA